AAUAAAAAUGUCGGACUUUGAUUCAUUGAGCUCGUCAUCUGGUGACAAGGAAUUGCAAGAAUUCCUUAUGAUUGAAAAACAAAAGGCGCAAGUUAAUGCACAGAUACAUGAAUUCAAUGAAAUCUGCUGGGAUAAGUGCAUCGGCAAACCAAGCUCGAAAUUGGAUAGUGCCACCGAAACAUGCCUGGCCAAUUGUGUGGAUCGUUUUAUUGACACUUCACUGCUGAUAACACAACGUUUUGCCCAAUUGUUACAGAAAAACCAAUGA